UCCGCUACAAAGUUUGGUGCAGGGAUGAGAUGUUGGCGUUCCAACAGGUUGGCGUUUUCCUUUUUUAAUAGAUGACCAUCCUCGGUUUUUCUUCAAAGUGUCCUUUUACUCUUGCGAACACAUUCUGCGAUUUUUCUUGACAUCGUGCGAGCUGACCAGACUGCGUGCGUACCUCCCUCAUCAUGAGCUGGAGUUUCCUGACGCGUCUGUUGGACGAGAUCUCCCACCACUCCACCUUUGUGGGGAAGAUCUGGCUGACGGUGCUCAUCAUCUUCCGCAUUGUGCUCACGGCGGUCGGCGGCGAGACCAUCUACUACGACGAGCAGAGCAAGUUUGUCUGCAACACCCAGCAGCCCGGUUGUGAGAACGUUUGCUACGACGCCUUCGCCCCGCUUUCACAUGUCCGCUUCUGGAUCUUCCAGGUCAUCAUGGUCACCACUCCCACCAUUAUGUACCUGGGUUUCGCUAUGCACAAAAUCGCCCGUAUGGAUGAUGCCGAGUACCGGCCUCUUCAUCGGCCGGGCAAGAAGAUGCUGGUGGUCAGCCGGUCAGUGGCCAGGGACUACGAGGAGGCGGAGGACAACGGUGAAGAGGACCCCAUGAUUGCGGAGGAGAUCGAACUGGAGGAGAAGAAGAAGAAAGAAGCAGGCUCUGUGAAGAAGCACGACGGUCGUCGUCGUAUCCAGCGGGACGGCCUGAUGAAGGUGUAUGUGUGCCAGCUCAUCUCCCGCACGGCCUUCGAGGUCUCCUUCCUGUUCGGCCAGUACAUCCUGUACGGCUUCGAGGUGGAGCCCUCGUACAUCUGCACCCGCUCGCCUUGCCCACACACGGUCGACUGCUUUGUGUCUCGCCCCACGGAGAAGACCAUCUUCCUGCUGGUUAUGUACGUGGUGUCCACCCUCUGUCUCCUCAUAACCGUCCUGGAGAUCCUCCACCUGGGAGUGGGAGGGGUCCGGGACACCUUCAAGCGCCGUGCCAUCCGGCAGCCCCCUCCGCCAGGCCCGCGUGGAUCCUACCUCCAGGGGAGGCCCCUGGGCCUGAUUCCAGCCUCUGCCCCGCCUGGGUACCACGCGGCCCUGAAGAAGGAGCCUCGCGGGGGGCUGAAGGCUGAUCCCCUGGGGGACUCUGGCAGGGAGAGCCUGGGAGAUGACCCCUCUGCUCCUGGGUACCUGGAGCACCUGAAGAGGCAUCUGAAGAUAGCCCAGCAGCAUCUGGACCUGGCCUACCAGAACCAGGCGGGGGAGGGCAGCUCCGAGAGGAGCAACAGUCCAGAGUCCAACAACGCUGCCAUUGCCGCUGAGCAGAAUCGUCUCAACUUCGCCCAAGAGAAGGAGGCCGAGGCCGGGGAGAAAGGAGUCCAUGCCUGAAUCAGCUUCCUGUGUCUAAUGUCUGCCCUACCCCCAUUCCCUGGCCCUCCUAGGACCAGCCAGCACAUAUGGGAAAGCAGUCAGAUGACUGAAGUGUGUGUGUGUGUGUGUGUGUGCGCAUGUGAGAGUGUGCCUCGCAGUAUUUAAGGGCCAGUACAAACCGUGAAGAUGAAACUGCACAAGCCUGGGUGUCUGGCAUCAGCAGCGUCAGGGACUGGCUCUACCAUACAGCCUGCCAAGGUGUUUGGUCUUCUGGUUCUGGUGGUUGCUUGUCACACGCUCACAAGCUGCCGGGGAUCGGAGAAGAAGACCUUCUCCUCCCUACACCCCUGUUUGUUCAAUCAAGCUUUAGUUAAUUUUCUUUUUUGUACAGUUUUUCUACAUUCUGUCCAUUCUGGUGUCUGGAGUUGCCUGGGCCUUGCCUGUUCGCUUGAAAUCUAUAUUUUUGUUAUUCUAAUUGAGAGGCUGGCAUAGUUCUCAGUGGCCACAGAGGGACUUUAAUGAUCCCAACCUUUCCUGGAGAGUUCUUUUGCACAGGGAUGAAGUUUGUGUGUAUGCAAGGUACGUGUGCGAGCAGAGCUUUUUUAGCAUGUGCUAUUCCACGUGACAUCUAUGCUCCAAGCAUGUUCCAACCACUCACUCUUUCAUAUUGGCCAAACCAAUACCUGGGAAAUGCUUGAAUCACGAACUGACUACAAUUGUUUUCCGAUUUAUAUUGUAAGACUUCUCAAUUGAACUUUUGACGUUAACUAAUUCAUGCUGGGGUAAAUGGUGUUGUUUUGUUCUCAUUAUUUUAGUCAAAAAACCAAAGCAACUUACUACAUGAAUCAGUUUAUUUGUACUGUGAGGUUUCAACUGGAAGCAGGUUUUGUGCCUGUCAAACUGUUUUGAUUUUCCUAGGACAUGUUCGUUCACGAUGAGUACCGUUUUCGAAAUGAUUUCAGAUCUUCAAAAAUAUAUUUUUAAUGGUGUACCCCAAUGACAAGAAGUACCACGAUUCAUUUAAUGUUCAGUAUCAUCCAUAUUUAAGCCGUUUGCCUCUUUUGUACUUCCUGGUUGCGAGCGAGGAGCACCAGGUGUGUCUCAGUUUUACCUGGCAUCUCCUGCGUUGCCCCUUUCCUGAUAUGCAAUCAAGUCUAAACAUGCCAUGUUUGGUCUUGGGAUUUGUUUACCGAGAAUGUUCUCUUCACUAACAUAACCCCUUCACAUCAGUAUGUACAGCAUAGUCAUAAAAAAGAGAGAGCACCUAUUGAGACACGCCCAUGUCCUCGACUCUACUGUGACAUGGAUCUCUUUUAUUCAAAGAAUUCCCCGUGUAGCUGAUAACGAUCUUCAUAAUGGAACACUGGAGGGGAACAACGGCUCAGAUUUCCUUCAAAUUCUGUCUGAUUCGACAUUCUGAUAUUGGGAUGCUUCUCCUCUGAUGGUACGAAAAGAAUCACGCUUUGAAAAUGGAGAGUUGUUUUCGCACGUUGUGCUGUUUUCGCUGUGUCCUUAGUGGGGGGGUGGGUUCUUACCGUUUAAAUACAGUCACAUUUUUGGGUACAAUGGAUUUUGUUAAUGUUUUGGCAAAUUUUGUAAUCUGUUACCGUAGAUUAUUAUUUAGUGUCCAGAGUUUCAAAUAAAUCAA